AUGAAGGCCAGACCACUGCUUGCACUCAGGAUGCAGCAGAAUGAUAUGCCACCUUACAAUCAUUUUAUCCCGCAAAGGCCUAUCCCAAUAAUCUUCUCUUCCUUCUUUGUAGGGGAGGUUCCUACCUAUCCAGACAUUGUUGACUACAAGGACAAGAUUGAGGGCAAGUGCAUGAAGCAUGGCUAUGUCAAGAAGGGCAGUGUCAGUAUAAUAAAGAGGUCUGGUGAGAUAUGCAAUCCAUCUAUAGGAACAGUGUUGAGAAGCCGUAUUGUUGCAAUCAAUCAUACAGCAGCAAAGGCGGAAUAUACCUACAAUGGUGAUGUAAUCAUCGAAUUCUUAAUCCCAAGGAUCACGGCGGGCAUUGUUUCUGAGAUUGAUAUUGAUACUCUCAAGGUUGGUGACAUGGUCAAUGUAGAGGUGUAUGGUGGAAAGAAAUACAAAUUGAAUGAUACAUGCAUCAACAUAAUUGGGAAGAUAAUAAAGGAUGAUAAAGAGAUCAAUCAAGACUUUGUUUGUGAAAAGGAUGAAUACACCGAGGAAGAACCUAAAUAUGAGGAUGAAGAGAUCGAGCAAGAGGAAGAGGAUGAUGAUGAUGAUAAUAAGUCUGCAACCGAUGAUAAGGAUGAUGAUGAUAGUGAGAUCAACAAUGAUAUUGAUGCCGAUGAUGACAUUGAGCAAAUUGAUGAAUUUGAUGAUCUUCCAGAUGAGGCUGAUGAUAUUAACUUUGAUGAUGAUUAG